AUGGAUAUACAUUCUUUUCCAUGUCGUCAAAUAAAUAAUGUUAGUGAAGAAGAUAUAUUAGAUGUAUUUCGAUUAAUAUGGUUAGAUCAAAAUUGUGGAAAUGAUCAUUUAGAUAUUUUACAAACAAAAAUAUUAUUAAAACAAAUUGAUAAUAAAUGUUAUUUUUAUAAUGAUAUUUAUAAAUAUCGUGAUGAUUUAGAGAAAAAAAAUCUCUUUCAAAAAAAAUCUCUAUUAAUUAUAUCAGGUUUAUUUGUUGAAACACUUUUAAACGAUUCUUCUAUUAAUCAACCCUUAUCAUUGAUUAUUUUUUGUAAAGAUUAUGAUAAAUAUAAAGAAUAUUUAAAUAAAUCUUAUGUUAUUGAUAUUUGUACAGAUCAUAAUUUAUUAAAAGCAUCAAUUGAACGUUUUGGUCCAUCAUUAAAAGGUAGUUUAUUUGCAAAUCAUCGUUUAAAUACAAUAAUAUCAUUGCGAACAACAUCAUAUAAUAAUACAAAUGCACUUUAUUCAUAUCUUUUAUUUAUUGAAAUAUUAAAACAAUCAUCAAAUAUGGAUCAAGCAAAAGAUUCAAUGAUAAAACAAAUAAAUUAUUUUCAUUGUAACAAUGAAAACUAUCUUUCAAGUAUUAAAACAUUUAAUGAAACAUAUAAAUCAGUUGAUGCAAUAGAAUGGUAUACAAAAGAUACAUUUCUUUAUCCAUUAAUUAAUAAAGCAUUUCGAACAGAAGAUUCAGCAGUUUGGUAUACAUUUAGAUUUUAUAUUAAUGAUUUAUGUAAACAAAUUCAAAAUGCUCAUCAAAAACUAAAUAAAAAAGAACGAUUUCGUGUCUAUCGUGGACAACACAAUGUACCUAAACAAGAACUUGAUAAUAUUAUUACAAAUCGUGGUGGAUUAAUAUCUUCUAAUGGAUUUUUUUCGACAUCAAAAUCAUUUAUUAUUGCUGAAGCCUUUUGUGGUAUUAGAAAACAUGAAGAAAAUUUUUGUUCAGUUAUUUUUGAUAUUACAGUUGACGCAAACGAAUUAAAACAUACGGUAUUUGUUGAUAUUGAUGAAUAUCUUCACCGAACAUCGGAUGAAGAAGAAAUUCUUUUCAAUAUUGGAACAGUUUUUCAAAUUGAUGAUUGUGAAAAAGUAGAAAAAGAAGGUUUUUGGCGAAUUCACAUGCAUGCAACAGAUGAAUGUAUCGAGGAUAUACAACAUCGAAUGGAACCAAUUAAAAAUAAAUUAUCGACAAUAAAUAUAAAUCUUUUUCUUGGAAAAUUAUUAAUUGAUAUGCAUCAUUAUGAUAAAGCUGAAUCAUAUUUUAAUAUGAUUUUAAGAAAUUUACCAGAAUAUUAUCAUCCUGAUCAACCAUUUAUUUAUGAAUAUCUUGGUGAUCUACAAAUGCGUGUGAAAAAUUUUAAUAAUGCAUUGGAAUAUUUUCAAAAAUCUUAUGAAUUAAAACAAAACUUAUAUUCUAAAGAUGAUCAAAAUAUGUUUAUGACAUAUAAUCAUCUGGGAAAUUAUUAUAAAGCCAUUGGUGAUCUAAAAACAGCUGAAAUAUAUUAUAACAAAACAUUUAAUUAUAAAAAUAAUCCAAUUAAUUUUGCAAUAACAAAAUUAAAUCUUUCAACAAUAUUUGUUUUUAAAAAAAAAUAUUCAAAAGCACGACAAAUGUGUUUAGAUGUGCAAGAGAUCUUUAAACAACUUCAACCAAUACCUCAUGCAGAUAUUAUGGCUUGUCAAGGAAUUUUAGGAGAUAUUUAUUUAAAACAAGAACAAUAUGAUAUUGCUCAAGAUUUUUAUCUUGAUGCAUUUCAAAUGGGUAAAACAUAUCUAUCAAUUGGUGAUCCACGUUUAAUUCAUUGUAUUUGUGCACUUGCUGAUCUUUAUUAUAAACAAGGAAAACAAACGCUUGCAAUGGAUUUUUGUAAAGAACAAUUAUCUAUUCACGAAAAAUAUUUAUCAAAUACAAAUCAUAUUUGUAUUGCACGAAUUCUUUUAAAAAUGGGUGAUCUAUCAAAUGAUAUUUCUUAUUAUCGAAAAGCGAUGGAAAUUUUUAAUAAUAAUAUGCGUUUUGAUUAUUUAUCAACUGCAAAAUGUCUUAUGAAAUUAGCAGAAUUGGAUCCAAAUGAUGAAAGUGAAAUUUCCAGGGCAUUGGAAAUUUAUCGAAUAAUUUAUCCGCCUGGACAUUCGAUACUGAUUGAAACGGAAAAAGAGUUAAUGAAAUUAAGAAAAAUAAAAAGAACACGUCAAUGUAGAGUCGAACAAAAUCGAAUAGAACAAAUUUCAUUGAUUGAUGAUCAAAUUUAUCAAACAGAAAAAGUCGAAUAA